AUGUUCAUAGCUCGUCAUUUCAUAUCUGGUCUUGGCUCGGGUGUGACUUCUGCUGUUAUUUUGCAGCCACUGGAUCUUCUCAAGACACGAGUACAGCAAUCUAGGAGCUCUUCAUUGGUUGCUACUCUGCGCGACCUAAGGAAGUCUUCAAGCUUGGUGCAGUCAUUAUGGAGAGGCACCGUUCCGUCUGCGCUUAGGACAGGGUUUGGAUCAGCUCUCUACUUUACGACGCUGAACGCCAUCCGUCAACAUGCGCACCAGACAGGCGUUCUGGGUCGUCGCCUGCAAACCCAAGGUCGCUCAUCGGUGCUUCCGUCCUUGACGAACUCGGGCAACCUCAUAUCAGGUGCUGUUGCAAGGACGUUUGCUGGCUUUGUAUUGAUGCCGUUGACUGUGAUCAAGGUUCGCUUUGAGUCCAGUCUUUACUCUUACCCUUCGAUUAUGUCUGCCGCUACUGAUAUAGGCCGUACCCACGGCUGGCGCGGUUUCUUUUCGGGGUUCGGAGCUACAGCACUGCGGGAUGCACCAUAUGCUGGCAUGUACGUAUUGUUUUAUGAGAUGCUCAAGUCACGGCUUGGAGCACUUGCUUCCAAACCGGUCAUUUCCGGCGAUGGGCAAACCAGGAUGCAGGCCACUCUGGCUAGCUCAGUCAACUUUACCUCUGCCAUGCUCGCUGGCGCAGCAUGCUCGGUAGUUUCAAAUCCUUUUGAUGCUGUGAAAACUCGCAUUCAAUUGCAGCCGCUGGAGUACCGGAACAUAUGGCAUGCCUGGUAUAAAAUGGUGACACAGGAGGGCGUCCGGUCAUUAUGGGAUGGCCUAGCGUUACGAAUGAGUCGCAAAGCUAUGAGUUCGGCACUGGCCUGGACUGUUUACGAAGAGUUGAUCCGUCGAGCUGGAGCAAAGUAA